GAGAUCCUGCGCAAUUAUGACAAGGCCUACAGCUACCAUUUGAAAAGGGGCCGCGCAGGCGCUGCACAGAUUUUCCAAGUACCUGUCAAUACCUCGGACUCCGCAUGGGUGGCUCGUGCUGUGGCUGCCGCGGCCAAACUGGAGGAGGCGGCGGCGCCCGAGGCAGUGGCAGACGUCCCCAUCCAUGCCGCAACUGAGGAAGCUUCAGCCAACAUCAGCGAGAUUCGCGAGUUUCCCUGCUACUGUGGGGCUGUCAUGACCAGGGUGACUGGCGACCCCAUUUCCGUUUCCAUUUGCCACUGCUCCAUCUGCAGGCGGCUCUCUGGUGCUCCUUUCGUCGCAAGCGCUGUAUUUCGGCCGGAGCGGGUGGAGCUGCGGAGCCGUGAAGGUGGUGAGCCAGAGCUUUUUGAGCUGCAGACGUCGAAGCAGGUCGUUCGGCAGCGCUGUGCCGCAUGUGGCGCGCCGCUUUGCGGCCGCCUGGGCCGAUAUACGGCCCUUCCACUUGGAAGCCUGUUGUCCGCGGAGCAAAGUCGAAGCGGAAGCACCUUGAAGGCAUGGAAGCCUACUCACCACUUGCCCCUCGGCAACACAAGGAAUGGAAACGAUGUGCGGGAGAUGCAGAAGCUCACCGAAGCCUUUAUCGUGCGGCCUCCAUGUGUUUGA